UCCUCCCGCUCGGACCCAUGAACCAGCCGGGCGGCGCGGCGGCUCCGCAGGCUGACGGAGCCAGUGCAGCUGGAAAGAGAAGCACAGCAGGCAGGGAGCGCUUGAAGCGCAGCCAGAAGACCACCAAGGUGGAGGGUCCAGAGCCAGCUCCGGCAGAGGCUUCGCUGAGCACUGAACAGGGAACGAUGACAGAGGUGAAGGUGAAGACAGAGCUGCCAGACGACUAUAUCCAGGAGGUGAUCUGGCAGGGUGAGGCCAAGGAGGACAAGAAGGCAGUCAGCAAGGACGGGACCGGGGAAGUGCCUGCCGAGAUCUGUGUGGUGAUCGGCGGCGUCCGCAACCAGCAGACCCUUGGGUCCUAUGAGUGUGGAAUCUGCGGCAAGAAGUACAAGUAUUACAACUGCUUCCAGACCCACGUACGGGCACAUCGAGACACUGAAGCCACCUCAGGGGAGGGAGCCUCCCAAGGCAACAAUUUCAGGUACACGUGUGACAUCUGUGGGAAGAAGUACAAAUACUACAGCUGUUUCCAGGAGCACCGAGACCUGCACGCGGUAGAUGUGUUUAGUGUGGAAGGGGCCCCUGAGAAUCGGGCAGACCCCUUUGAUCAAGGUGUGGUGGCCACUGACGAAGUGAAGGAGGAACCCCCGGAGCCAUUCCAGAAAAUCGGACCAAAAACCGGCAAUUACACCUGCGAAUUCUGCGGAAAGCAAUAUAAGUACUACACACCCUACCAGGAGCAUGUGGCCUUACACGCCCCCAUCAGUACUGCCCCCGGGUGGGAGCCACCGGAUGAUCCAGAUACGGGUUCUGAGUGCUCACAUCCAGAGGUCUCCCCGUCUCCACGCUUCGUGGCGGCAAAGACCCAGACAAACCAGUCGGGGAAGAAAGCUCCCGCCUCGGUGGUCCGAUGUGCUGCCCUCUUGCAUCGCACCCCUCCAGCCACCCAAACCCAGACGUUCCGCACUCCAAAUUCAGGAUCUCCAGCAAGCAAGGCAACCGCAGAAAGUGCUUUCAGCCGGAGAGGGGAAGGCAAAGCACAAAACCACUUUGAAGAGACCAACAGCAGCUCACAGAACUCCAGCGAGCCCUACACCUGCGGCGCCUGUGGGAUCCAGUUCCAGUUCUACAACAACCUCUUGGAGCACAUGCAGUCCCACGCAGCUGACAAUGAGAACAAUAUCGCCUCCAACCAAUCCCGAUCACCAUCUGCUGUUGUGGAAGAGAAGUGGAAACCUCAGCCCCAGAGGAACAGUGCCAAUAACACCACAGGCAGUGGUUUAACACCCAACAAUAGCAUGAUUCCCGAGAAGGAGCGGCAGAACAUCGCUGAGAGGCUGCUGCGAGUCAUGUGCGCUGACCUGGGUGCACUGAGCGUGGUGAGUGGGAAGGAGUUCCUGAAGCUGGCCCAGACCUUGGUGGACAGCGGUGCCCGCUAUGGGGCCUUCUCGGUCACUGAGAUCCUGGGCAACUUCAACACACUGGCGCUGAAGCACUUGCCACGCAUGUACAACCAGGUGAAGGUCAAGGUGACCUGUGCCUUGGGCAGCAAUGCCUGCCUGGGCAUCGGCGUCACCUGCCACUCACAGAGCGUCGGCUCCGACUCCUGCUACAUCCUCACAGCCUACCAGGCCGAGGGCAACCACAUCAAGAGCUACGUGCUGGGCGUGAAGGGGGCGGACAUUCGUGACAGCGGCGACCUGGUGCACCACUGGGUGCAGAACGUGCUGUCUGAGUUUGUGAUGUCAGAGAUCAGGACGGUAUACGUGACAGACUGCCGAGUGAGCGCGUCCGCCUUCUCCAAGGCCGGUAUGUGCCUUCGCUGCUCAGCCUGUGCCUUGAACUCUGUGGUGCAGAGUGUGCUGAGCAAGCGGACGCUGCAGGCCCGCAGCAUGCACGAGGUCAUCGAGCUGCUCAACGUGUGCGAAGACCUGGCGGGCUCCACAGGCCUCGCCAAGGAGACCUUCGGGUCACUGGAGGAGACCUCGCCACCGCCCUGCUGGAACUCGGUCACGGACUCUCUGCUGUUGGUUCAUGAGCGCUAUGAGCAGAUCUGCGAGUUCUACAGCCGGGCCAAGAAGAUGAACCUCAUCCAGAGCCUCAACAAGCACCUGCUCAGCAACCUGGCGGCCAUCCUCACGCCCGUGAAGCAGGCGGUCAUCGAGCUGAGCAACGAGAGCCAGCCCACCCUGCAGCUGGUGCUGCCCACCUACGUCCGGCUGGAGAAGCUCUUCACGGCCAAGGCCAAUGAUGCAGGCACGGUCAGCAAGCUGUGCCAUCUCUUCCUGGAGGCACUCAAGGAGAACUUCAAGGUACACCCAGCACACAAGGUGGCCAUGAUCCUGGACCCACAGCAGAAGCUGCGGCCGGUCCCUCCCUAUCAGCACGAGGAGAUCAUAGGCAAGGUCUGUGAGCUCAUCAACGAGGUGAAGGAGUCCUGGACUGAGGAGGCUGACUUUGAGCCAGCCGCCAAGAAGCCCCGCGCUGCCACCGGGGAGAACCCCUCGGCUCAGGAGGAGGACCGGCUCGGGAAGAACGAGGUCUACGACUACCUGCAGGAGCCCCUCUUCCAGGCCACCCCCGAUCUCUUCCAGUACUGGUCGUGCGUGACCCAAAAGCACACAAAACUCGCCAAGCUCGCCUUCUGGCUCCUGGCGGUCCCAGCAGUGGGGGCCAGAAGCGGGUGUGUAAAUAUGUGUGAACAGGCUCUUUUGAUCAAAAGGAGGCGACUGCUAAGUCCAGAAGAUAUGAACAAACUCAUGUUUCUGAAAUCCAAUAUGCUUUAAGACUUACAAAAAGGAAGA